AUGAACAACUUUUACCACAAUACCUUUAAUAAUAAUGGAGGAGGACAUUACUUACACAACCAUUCGAAUAGUACAAACUCAUCUCCUGUAACUAGAAAGACGAAUGGAAAGACUUCUUCUUCUUCUUCUUCUUCUUCUUCUAGUACAAGUAAAGGAAAGCAUAAUCAUAAAUACUACCAACAACAGCAACAACAACAUGUUGCACUUGACGACGACGAUGAUGACGACGAUUCAGAUGUAAUGACAGAUUCUUUAGAUGAAUACUAUAAAAAGAAUAAUAAUAAUAAUAAUAAUAAUAAUAAGAAAAGGACAAUAUAUACUAAUAAUAAUAAUAAUAAUAAUAACAACACCGAUAAACCAACAACAACAACAACAACAACCAAUGUACAUUCAAAGUUAAAAAAGAACAAGAGUUUAGAUUCCAUCGUCAACAAUAUAACACUAUCCAUCAAUACAAACCCAAACUUUUAUUCAAGUGACGAUGAUAAUAUAAACUUGAAUCUAAAUAAUAAUAAUACAAAUAAUAAUACAAAUACAAAUAAUAAUAAUAUAAUAUCAACUGAUAAUAGUAAUAAUACAAAUAAUAAUAAUAGUAAUAAUAAUAAUGAAAGUAGUAUAAAUAUUAAUAUUAAUAUUGAUAAUAUUCAACAACAAUCAAUUAUUGAUAUACCAACGACAUUACCAAUAUCACCAAGAUCACCAUCAAUAUCUGUUAAUACACCAAGAGGUGGAGUCAGCGGUGGUGAAAAUACAAAUGGAGGAGUAGAUAAUAGUAUGAUAGACUAUGAAGCAGAUGAUGAAUUUGAGGAGGGAGGUGAAGGAGAUGGUGAUGGAAACAAUGAAUCAGAUGAAGAAGAUGCCAAAGAAUUUAAAAGAAAGUUAUUGGCUGCUAUUGCAUCACCAAAGAAAUUGGGAAGAGGUGGUAGUGGUGGAAAUUUCAAAGGAUCCUAUGGAUAUGGAUACGAAGAAGAUGAAGAUGGUGUUAAUGUUAGAAUUACCAAUAGUACAAGUACCACCAUGUUUAAUCAACAUUUUGAUCAUAUGAUGGAGGAGGGAGACCAAAUGGAUUGUGAUGAAGUAGAGGAUUUGCAACCACAAGAAUCAAGACUCAAACAUAUCUUGACUAUGGAUGCACUCUACUUGAUCAUUUUCAUUCCAGUUUGUUAUUUCUCUUAUUACCUACCAUCCAUCUAUUUGGGUUCCUCUGACGCACUAGUCUAUUGGGAUUAUAACUUUCAAUGGAGUAAAUAUAUACUUUGGAUUUCAUCUAUUAUUUUGGGUUUCUCUUAUGUAUCGCUGGUUACAGAAGCAAGAUCUUAUCCAUUUCAUUGUAGAUAUCAAAGACAUAGAGAUUUCUUUCAAUUAUUAUUUGCAGUUUCAUUAUUAUAUUUAAUUGCACCAAGUCGUACUUUAAUGGGACCAAGUGAUGGUACAACCAUACAAGAACGUAGUGGAAGUAGCAGUAGUCAAGAGACGAUUACACCAGGUCAACCAGUCAACCACAACCAAAAGACCAUCUAUGAGGCAUUUGUUUUCAACUACUUUUCAUUUAUCAUCCCAUUUGUAGUGGCGUUGCACUAUACAUACUUGGACCAUAACCUUUUCCUUCGUAGUGUUGGUGAUAAAUUUGGAACACCUUCACUUUGGAAAACAUAUACAUUCAAAGAGGUCAUUGUUAUAAUCCCAAUCGUCCUAUUUAUCAUUUCACUUGUAGUUUGGCAUGUAUUUUUAAUUAUUAAGGAUCAUUUAUGGAUAUAUUAUUUAAUUGCAUAUGGACUAUUUUUUGGAAUAUUAAUAUCAGUGAGUUGCGCAAUUCACAAAAACUACUAUCUUCAUCUUCACCAUUAUUUCAUAUUUGGAUCAUUGAUCCCAUUUGCAACAUUUAAUAAUCCUCUAACAUCUAUAUCUCUUGGUCUCAUCUCUGGUAUCACAGUUGAAGGUUGUGCACGUUGGAGUAUGGGCUGGAUUUGGUAUCGUGCUCCUGAUGGUGUACGUAUUUUAUAA